CGAGGCGAAGGCUGCUCCUCCUCCCCAAACCCAUCUCAAUGCAAAAGAGAACGCUGGGAAGAAAAGAAAGAGAACAAGGGGGGCUCUCUCGCUUUGCGCAAAAUAAGUCGGAGGUCUGCAGCUGGGAAAAGAAAAGCCGCCAACUGCUCCUUUUGACCUAAUAGAAUAAGAGAGUUGGAAGGGACUUUGGGGUGCACUCCUGUUCCCCAGUCCUGCAGUCGUCGAGUGGAGUUCCCGCUCGCUUGUGAGAGACCCACGCCGUCGCCAUGCGCCUCCAUUCCCGGACUUCGCUUCUCCUGGGCCUUGCCCAGCUGCAAGCGUGUUUCUAUUGGAGUUGCCUGAUGUGGCUACCGGCGGACGGGAUGCCACCGAUGAAUCCGCCGCCCCCUCCUCCCGCCGUGUGGAGACAGCGGAUUCAAUGGGAGAACAACGGGCAGGUGUACAGCCUUCUCAGCGUCGGCUCCCAGUAUCAACCCGCGAGGCGUAGGCUCAGCCCGGAGCCCGCGCAAGGCGGCCACGUUUUGCUUCUCAGGGGCAACGGCACUUCUCCUCGCAGGGCACCGGGAACAGGCAGAGGCGGCACUGCCACUCGAAAACCGGAGGCGCAGUACUGGUUCCAAGCCGGCUACGAGCAACCGUCCGACAGAAAUGGCACGGGCGGGGGUCGCAGGGCUGCAGGGCCCCGAGACGGAGCGCAAGGGAGCCCCGCGGACAGCGCCACCGCCAGGACGGGCAAUGAGACUGGCUUUUCUCUAAGCAAUCUCCGACAGCCGCCCCGCGGAGACGUCAUGGUGGGGGACGACCCGUACAACCCGUACAAGUAUACGGACGACAACCCUUAUUAUAACUACUAUGAUACCUAUGAGCGGCCCCGACAGAGAGGCCGCUACCGGCCGGGGUACGGCACCGGCUAUUUUCAAUACGGGUUGCCAGAUUUAGUGCCAGAUCCUUAUUACAUCCAAGCAGCCACUUAUGUCCAAAAGACGUCCAUGUACAACCUGAGGUGUGCUGCUGAAGAGAAUUGUCUUGCUAGCUCAGCUUACAGAUCAGAUGUUAGAGACUAUGAUAACAGAGUACUUCUGAGAUUUCCACAGAGAGUGAAAAAUCAAGGUACAUCAGAUUUCUUACCAAGCCGACCACGGUACUCAUGGGAAUGGCACAGCUGUCAUCAACAUUAUCAUAGCAUGGAUGAAUUCAGUCAUUAUGACUUACUUGAAGCAAGCUCACAAAGUAGAGUAGCUGAAGGACACAAAGCAAGUUUUUGUCUUGAAGACACUUCUUGUGACUAUGGAUACUAUAGGCGAUUUGCAUGUACAGCCCAUACACAGGGGCUGAGUCCUGGUUGUUACGAUACCUACAAUGCUGAUAUAGAUUGCCAGUGGAUUGAUAUUACAGAUGUUAAACCUGGAAAUUACAUUUUAAAGGUUAGCGUCAACCCUAGUUACUUGGUACCGGAAUCAGACUAUUCCAACAACAUAGUACGUUGUGAUAUCCGUUACACCGGCCAUCAUGCCUACGCCUCUGGGUGUACAAUUUCCCCAUACUAGGAUGAAAGAAAUUGGUUUACUGAUACCCAAGAUUUGGAGAUGCAAUUAUUUUAUAAACUGAAUAGGAUGUAAACACUUUUGAAAAAUGAGAAGGACCAGAAUAUAUAGAAUAUGACUCUGAAGCAUUAAAAACUUCUUCAAAAUGAAAUGCUUGUUUGAUUCAGCUGUUCAGCUUUUGAAGCCAGUGAGACAAUAGUACUCUAUAGAAAGAAUAAUGAAUUCUAAAGGAAGUUAACCUAUCUUUUCCAUUGACUACUGGAAAUCAGCAUAUUUUGUAAGUGCUUUUUAGAAAUAUAAAGGGUGCUAGCAUAGGCAGAUAUCCAAAGAGCUGCUUUUAAUUUCAUUGGAUGGUUGAGGCACGUCUAAUGGGAGUUUAAACAUUUAUGUUUAAAUAGCAGUAGGCCCAUCGCUUCAUAGUAACAUGAAAGUUUUCUAACAUCUUUUUGCAAUAUUUUUUGUUACCAACAGUCAAUGGUACCAGUGUCCAAAUCCUCUGGGAUUACAUAGCAAUUUCAUAGUUCUUUGAUAUGCAGUCGUGUAAUACUGAUUGUGAAGAGUAUAGGAAGAAACUAUAGUUGUGGAACAAAUUGGUAGGGAAGACGAAGCUUCCACAAAUACCAAAGCUUCAUUUUUUUUGUCUAAUAGAUAGAAAAGUAGGAUUCAUUUUAAAGGACAGAUUUAUGCUUAAACAUCCAUUGAAUAUAAAAGGAUUCUAUUUUUAAUGCAUUAGCAGGCAAAUAACCUUUAACCAAAAAGUGUAUCAGUAUUUUAAUACAUUACUUAGAAUAUUAAAACACCAGAUUUGCCUAUUUCCAGUGCUUCCUGCAGACUGCUUUGCAUUUUCUCUCCCCCACUACUUUUAACUGGAAAGUGUUUCAAUUAAAGAUGUUGGAAAGAUUUUGAAUUACAGAUGUUUAGAAACCACUUCUCAUGAAUUGGAAUUGGAUAACAGAUUGAAAAUGAUAUAUGCUUACCAGAAAAAAAAAGGCUGAGUUCAUAAGUUUGAUGCUUUAUGUUAUGUUCCAUUAUAAAAUCUAGUUUUUUAGCUACAUGAAAAAUAAAAAAUAAAAAAAUUCAGGUGAAGUCAUAAAAUGAGCCUUACCUAGAUUUGUCUGUGUACCUCAUGAACAUACAAGAAAACGUUCUUUUAAAGUGUUUGUUUAGGAAAUCAAAAUAAAUUAUUUUAUACAUACAUGAAAGCACAGAUAUGCUCAUAUGCUAUUAUAUGACAUGUAACAUUUGGAUAUAUGAAAUAAUUUUUUGUGGAAAGAUUUUAUAGUUUGAAUCUGAAACAUUUGGGUGCUUUUUAACUUUCAUUGUCCAGUUGUCUGCGAUGAGAUUCCCUUCCAUUCUAGAGCAAAUUUCCCAAAAUCUGCUCUGGAACACCUUUGACUGCAUAGUAAAAAAAUAGCAAUUUACCGUCAUCCAAUGAACACUAUAAUUUGUUCCAUCCAUUUAGAUUAAGCAUUUAUUCUAUCAUUCGAGCAACAUACCCAAAAGUUUGUGGUCAAAAUCACAGGACUGGAUCCUUUCUAUCCACUUGUUAAGACUCCUUAUCUUUUUGAUGGAUGUUGAACUGCCAGUCCUGAUCAUAUUCUCAACCAUACAUUAACAUAUACAUUGCACUAUUAUGUCAACCACUUGAAUUGUUUAUACAUAAGCUUCAGUUU